CAAACAGCUAAUAUGCAGUGUUGUUAACAGCCUUUUGCAGAGAGCAGCAAGAUGGAAAGCAAUGCGGUUCUCCUGGAGUCCAAGUCAUCUCCCAUAAACCUGCUGAAUGAGAUGCAUCAGCUGCGCCUCCUGGGCCACCUCUGUGAUGUGACGGUCAGCGUGGAGUACCAGGGCGUCAGGGCAGAGUUCGUGGCUCACAAGGCUGUGCUUGCAGCAACCAGUAAGUUCUUCAAGGAAGUGUUCCUUAACGAGAAGAGUGUGGACGGCCCAAGAACCAAUGUCUUCUUGAAUGAGGUGCAGGUUGCUGACUUUGCUUCGUUUCUCGAGUUUGUCUAUACUGCUAAGGUAGAGGUGGAAGAGGACAGAGUGCAGCGGAUGCUCGAGAUAGCCGAAAAGCUGAAGUGCUUGGACCUAUCAGAAACUUGCUUUCAACUGAAGAAGCAGAUGCUUGAGUCAGUACUUUUGGAGCUGCAAAACUUCUCCGAAUCACAGAACUCUGAGGAAGAGAGUGCAGCCCAGCUGAGCAUUUUGCACGAGUCCAAAGCAGCUGCUGUGGCAGAAGCUGACCGAGCAGACCAUCUUCCAGAUUCCCCAGCAGACAGGCCCAGAAACGGAGUGCCCCCUGAGGUGCCAGCUGCCAAAUCAAAAGAGAAAAUUGACAAAAAGAAGGAAAUGAUGAAGCCUCCUUAUGCCAAAAUCAGGAGGGCGAGUGGGAGGCUGGCUGGGAGGAAAGUAUUUGUGGAAAUCCCAAAGAAGAAGUACACCAGGCGGCUGAGGGAGCAGCAGAAGAACGCCGAGGGUGCUGCAGAAGACGACAGCUACCCACAAGACCCAGAGGUGUGUGACAGGGAGAGGGAGGAUGAGCAGGUGCAGAACGCCAUCAAACCCGAAAGUGAAGAAUGCGAUGGCAACUUCGAAUCGGAGGAAAACCUGAACAACUCCGAAGAGGAUAAAAAGAAACGAGGCAGUAACUUCAAGUGCAGCACGUGUGAGAAGGAAUUCCUGUAUGAGAAGAGUUUCCUCAAGCACAUCAAACACAGCCACGGCAUCGCAGCUGAAAUUAUUUAUCGGUGUGACACCUGCAGUCAGACCUUUGCCAACCGGUGCAACCUAAAAAGCCAUCAGCGCCAUGUCCACAGCAGCGAGCGCCACUUCCCUUGUGAGCUCUGCGGUAAGAAGUUCAAGAGGAAGAAGGACGUCAAGAGGCACAUUCUCCAGGUUCAUGAGGGUGGUGGGGAGCGUCAUCAGUGCCAGCAGUGUGGAAAGGGGUUGAGCUCCAAAACUGCCUUGAGGCUCCAUGAAAGGACGCAUACAGGCGACAAGCCUUAUGGGUGCACAGAGUGUGAGGCUAAAUUUUCUCAGCCUUCAGCACUUAAAACACACAUGAGAAUCCAUACUGGUGAAAAACCUUUUGUCUGUGAUGAGUGUGGUGCCAGGUUCACUCAGAAUCACAUGCUAAUAUAUCACAAACGAUGUCACACAGGAGAAAGGCCUUUUAUGUGCGAAACGUGUGGGAAGAGCUUUGCCUCCAAGGAGUACUUGAAGCACCAUAACAGAAUCCAUACUGGAUCCAAACCGUUUAAAUGUGAAGUCUGCUUCAGAACAUUUGCACAGAGGAACUCGCUUUACCAGCAUAUAAAGGUUCACACAGGUGAGCGGCCCUACUGCUGUGACCAGUGUGGGAAGCAGUUCACCCAGCUCAACGCGCUGCAGCGGCACCACCGCAUACACACCGGGGAGAAGCCGUUCAUGUGCAAUGCGUGCGGGCGAACCUUCACGGACAAGUCCACCCUCCGGCGGCACACGUCGAUACACGAUAAGAACACACCGUGGAAGUCCUUCCUCGUCAUUGUUGAAGGAGCAUCUAAGAACGAUGAAGGUCACAAAACAGAACUCCCAGAUGAAGACUACGACGUGUCACCUAAAAUGCCAGAGAAGCUGCUGUCUUUCUCAGAAAAUGGCCACUAUCAAAGCUUGGCUGCUGUCCCAGGGGGCGUGACUGCACUGCAUGACAGUGGGUCUGCACCAGGGACAGACUGUAAGUCAGAUGGGACUCCCGGACCCCAGGAAGCCCUUAUAGCUACCACCCUAAGUGAGCUGACGGUACUGCAUACACAGACAGAUGCUAUUCAGCCACAGCUUCAUGCUCUGGUGAAUAUGGAAUAAGUUGGUGUUACAAAUCCAGUUCAAGCUGCACGCUUUGUAGAGUCCUUUGACUUUGCCAAUGACCUGCUGAGGGAACUAGGAGAAGCUA